CAUCAACCUCUAUAUAAAUACAGUAAACAUUUACCCCCAAAAAACAUCAAUCAUACUACUGAUCAAAAUGAAGAUAUCUGGGAUUUUAUUACUUUCUUCCCUCCUUAGUUUUACCUUAUUCCAAAUCACAAAAUCCGAACCAGUUGUUGAUACUAACAAUGAACAAGUCAUGACAGGAUCCACCUACUACAUAUUGCCCGCCACCACAGGCAACGGUGGUGGCCUAACGCUAGCGCAAGGCGCUAACGGGAGCUGUCCGCUCAACGUUUACCAAGCGCAAAAUUCGCAAAGCGUAGGCCUUCCAUUGAGAUUGUUGAUGGUGAAUUCAAGCUCGGGUUUAGUAAUAGACGAAAAUGAGGCGAUAAAUAUUAAAUUCGCAGCGCCAAAGUACGAAUCAAUAUGUAAAAAAUCAACCGUUUGGAAAAUUGAAGAAGGGUUAGUGACAACUGGUGGAAUUAAGGGUGGAUUAGUAAGUGGUACGUCCACAUGUUUAUUUACGAUUCAGAAAUAUGAAGAUGCAUAUGCUUUACAAUAUUGGCCUAGACCAAAGGGACGUACUUUUGUUUGUCCAAAAUUGUCCUGUGGGUAUAUUGGUAUUUCACCAGUUGCAAAUGGAUCGAGGCGUUUGGCUGUGAACCGAACGGCUUGCAAGAUUGUGUUCAAGAAAGCCUAAGAUAUUUUUUAAAUUGUCGCAGUUAUAACGGAAAAUUUAGUGCACCAAACUGACAUUUUCUUUAGUAGUAAUAACAUUGUUGAAAUAAAUAGUGAGAUGUUUCCAUAUUGAUUUGUCAGUUUAAUCUGCUGGAAUAAAUGCUUGUUAUACUUUGCUGCUGGUUACCAUGUAUUAUCAGACUUGUUAUGAAUAAUAUAAUUUAAUUUAAUUUA